UAUCGGUUUUCUAUCAUUCAGUUCAGUACGCGCCGCGACGCCGGGCAGAGCGCACGCCGCUCGCAGCUCCGUCUGUGUAUUUGUAAACGUCGGACUGUUUACACUGAAGCUGAAGUGAUUACAAUGGCAAUGUGGUUGUGGAUUUAACGGUUGUGUCUUUACAUCGGAGCUUUAUUUACAGCUUUUAAAGGCUCAGAUUCCGGUGCGGGAAACGUUGACUGUAAUAAACAUUGUAGCUUUGGUUUUCGUGAGUUUAAUUUGCGAUUAUUGGCUGAAACUUUUUCAGCGGAUAUUGACAUUCGGAAAAUAGUCGUGCAAAUGCUGGACGAACAUAUCGAAUUUUCUUUUUAAAGUGUUCCCUAUGUACAUGGGUGGUGUGGUGUCUCCUGAAGCGGGUGCAGGAUGGCGGGGGCUGCGCGGGGGCCGCGGGGGGCGCGGGGGGUGCUGCCGUGGCUGCUGCUCAUCAGCUCGGUGAGCGGCUACGUGGAGACGGAUGAGUUCAUCAGCGACUUGGACAAGCCAAUCCCGACGGCGGCGGUGCAGGGCGUGGUGGGCAAGAAGGCGUCUCUCCCGUGCGACAUCCAGCCGCUCACGGCCGGCGACCAGGUCUCCAUGGUGCUGUGGUUCAAGGAGGCUGACGGAGAGCCGCUGUACAGCUACGACGUCCGCGGGCGUCUGCCCUCGCAGCCCAAGCUGUGGUCGUCAGCGGCGGGGUUCGCGGCGCGCGCCGUGUUCCGCGCCGCCGCCGCGCCGGCCGCCCUGGUGGUGGACCCCGUGGCGCGCGCUGAUGCAGGGCUGUACCGCUGUAGAGUGGACUUCAGGAACUCGCCCACUAGGAAUAUGCGGCUCAACUUUACGGUUAUUACGCCUCCGAACCGGCCCAACAUCUUGGACGCCAAGACGCGCGACCCCACGCGGCUGCUGGAGCCCUACAACGAGGGGGACACGCUCGAGCUCAUCUGUGAGGUCACUGGAGGCGACCCACCACCGCGCGUGACCUGGCUCCUCGAGAACACGGUCAUCGACGACUCGUCCACCACCCGCGCAGACGGCGCCGUGGUGAACGCGCUCACGUUCCCGCGCGUGGGUCGCCAGCACCUCGCGGCCAGGCUGGUCUGCCAGGCCAGCAAUACCAACCUGACGCCGCCGCAGAACAAAGUGCUGAUACUGGAUCUUAAUCUCCGUCCCCUGACAGUGGAGAUCAUCAAGCCGCGGGGCGCGCUGUCGGCGGACCGCGGCGCGACGGUGGAGUGCCGCUCGGCCGGCGCGCGCCCCGACGCCGCCGUCACGUGGUGGCGCGGCGCCAAGCAGCUGCGCCGCGGCGUCAAGAAUUUCUCUUCCACUAACUCAACAACGAGCGAGCUGUCGUUCACGCCCGAGGCGGACGACCACGGGCGCGUGCUGACGUGCCGCGCGCACAACCCGCGCAUACCGGACUCCGCCCUCGAGGACAAGUUCAAGAUGAAUGUGCACUACACGCCGCUGGUGUCGCUGAAGAUGGGCUCGAGCCUGCAGCCGGCGCUCAUCAAGGAGGGCGACGACGUGUACUUCGAGUGCGGCGUGCAGGCCAACCCCAGGCCGCACCGCCUCACGUGGUACAAGGGGGACACGGAGAUCGUGCACAACGCGUCGGCCGGCGUGAUCCUCAGCGACCAGAGCCUGGUGUUGCAGAGCGUGACGCGCGCCGCCGCCGGAGACUACAGCUGCCUCGCCGUCAACAGCGAGGGCGCCGGCGCCAGCAACCCCGUGUCGCUGCAGGUCCGCUACGCGCCAGUCUGCGCGACACCAGCAGCCGAGGGCGGGGUGUACGGGGCGCUCAAGCACGAGACGGUCACCCUCCGCUGCGACGUGGACUCCAGCCCGCCGCCCACCAGCUUCGUGUGGACCUUCAACAGCUCCGGCGAGCAGAACGAGGUGCCGCCCAGUUCAUACACAAGCAACGCCUUCACAUCAGUGCUGCGCUACACGCCGGUGCGCGACGUGGACUUCGGCACCAUCUCGUGCGCGGCGCACAACGGCGUCGGCGAGCAGGACGCGCCUUGUCUGUACCGGCUUAUUGCUGCCAGUCCCCCGCAGUCCCCGCAGAACUGCUCAGUGUCGCGCGGGGGCGCGGCGCGGCUGCGCGUGGCGUGCGCCCCCGGCGUGGACGGGGGGCUGCCGCAGCGCUUCCGGCUGGAGGUGCUCGAGCUGCCGUAUAUGCUGGCCCGGUUCAACUUCUCCUCCAACUCGAGUCCCGAGUUCAACGUGACUGGUCUGGACGCGCGAGUGAGCUACGCUUUGAGAGUCACCAGCAUCAACGCCAAGGGGGUUUCCGACCCCGUGGAGCUGUAUACGGUCGCUGCCCGGCCGCCGGAUAAGUAUACUGGCACCAGCACGUCUCUCUCCCUCUCCCCGAUGCUGGUGUCGCUGCUGGCGCUGGCGGCGCUGCUGGCGGCGGCCGUGUGCGCCGUCAUCACCGCGCUGUACCGCUGCUCCGCGCGCCGCCACGCCGCCGGCAAGCAGGCGCCCGCCCCAGACGCACUGUACCUGGAGCGCAGCCUGGAGUCUCUCUCCGCGAAGCAGGACUCUUACUGCGUGUCCCCCCUGCGGUACGAGGGCGGGGGCGCGGGGGGCGCGGGGGGCGAGGACGAGCCCGACAUCAUACCCGGGAACUAUGACAAGCUGCCCCCGCCGCCGGAGUACCUGCGGCUGCGGCCCGCGCCGUACGCGCCCGCAGACAUGUACAGUGGGACGCAGUUCGGCGACAACUGUCUGUCGCCGGGUUCGCUCAGCCGCGGGGUGUCGGCGCGCGCGGCGGACCUGGCGCCGCGGCCCGAGGUCGUCACCACCGCCAGAAAGGUCAAGGAGAGCUGCAUCUGAAGGUCAAGGUCACCCCGUGGCCACUCACGCAGAACUAGCAUUUGACUAUGAAGAAGGGAAUUUAGGAGGUGAAAUGUGGCGUGAAUCUGCGGAUGACGCUGUGGCGGAUAUCUGACGAUUUGAGGUGUAAGAUAUUUAAGUAAAUGCGAUAAUGCGUGGGUGUACAGACAUUGUAGUGAGUGACAUAAUAAACUGGAUUAUUUAUUUUCUGUUGUGAAAAUAGUUUUAACAUGUUUAAACACCCAGAAUGCGGUGAGAUAGCGUAGGUUAAAUCAUUUUGAGACAUAUUUAUCAGUUCUACUUGAAAAAUAAUGGAGAAUGGUACAAUUUCUGUAAGAUAACAUUGUUUUCAUAAUGAAUUUUCAUAAAGUAAAAGUCAAAUAUAACAGUACUUACAGAUUUAUAAAAAUGUGCUCUAUAUAGAUACCUAAUGUAAUGUACCGAUCUAUUUGUUGAAAUAGUAAUCACGGUGCAUAGUGGUACUACCUUUUGCUCGAUCACUUUUAAAAUGUCAGUGUAUGUAUAACUUUAUUUGAAUAACAAUUA